AUGACUUUUACCGAAAAACCGUUACCGUUUUCAAUCGACGAUAUUCUCAAAUACGAGAAAUCCAAAUCGUCAAUCUGUCCGAGUUUUAUACCACGAUCCUAUCCACUUACGUCUUUGAUUUCACCAGCAUAUCUCUCGUUUUCAACGUCGACUAAGCAUUUAUGUUCCGAGCAUCGAUCAACAUCCUGUAAUUCAAAUUCACACAAUUGUCAUCUAUCAGCAUUACCAUUAAAUUCAAGCUAUCCGAGUUUGGAUACAUUUAUUCAUCAUCGACGUUGCCGACGAACGCGAACAGUUUUCUCUGACGCUCAAUUGCUUGGUCUGGAAAAACGUUUUGAAACUCAAAAAUAUCUUUCGACACCUGAUCGUAUCGAACUAGCUGACAUGCUACAUUUAUCUCAAUUACAAGUCAAAACCUGGUAUCAAAAUCGUCGAAUGAAAUGGAAGAAACAAGUUUUGCAGCAAGGAUGCAAAGAAGCACCAACAAAACCAAAAGGUCGUCCGAAAAAGAAUUCAAUCCCAUCCUAUGCUGAACUGCAAAGACUUGAAAACGAAAAACAAGCUAGUACUCUAACGGUUUCAUCUUCAUGUACAUCAGACGACGACGAAAACACAUCACAUUCAAUGCACUACUCGGACGAUGAUGACGAUGACGAUGAUCACGACCAAUUCAUUGAUAUCGAACAAUAG